CAUCUUCUUCCUUGUAGAAACCAUCUCAGCUGUGAGUCGCUCUCUGAUCAGUUCCAGCAGUUUGCAGAGAGGCUGUUUAAGUGAACGCAAUGGGGAAAAUCGAGUGGGCGAUGUGGGCCAAUGAGCAGGCUCUGGCCUCAGGAUUCAUUCUACUCACUGGAGGCAUUGUAGGGGUGGCUGCACAGUUCAGAGGCUGGCAGUUUGCUGCUUAUGCCAUUGCUGCUGGGGUGUUUGUGUGUCUUCUGGAGUAUCCCAGAAGCAAGAGGGCCAAAGGCACAAGUGUGGAGAGAACGGGCCAGUACUGCUUCACCGUAUGUGUGAAAUCCUUUGGGCCAUUGACAAGGAACUACUAUGUCAGAGCAUUUCUACAUGCUGCAAUCUGUGUACCUGGAGGUUUUAUGCUUGCAACUGUCCUCGGAUGUGUCUGCCUCGGCAUUGCCAGCCUCAUCUACCUUGCGGCAGCUAUCCGAGGUGAACAGUGGGAGCCCAUUCUUCCAAGGAAGGAGGUGACCCGAAAGCCAGCCGACACCAUGAAGAAUCCUCCCCAGAAUCCACCACCAAGACCUCCUCCAGAGACGCGCAGGAAACGGGUGGACGACCUUGAGGGAGCAGCCUAUGACAACCCCAUCCCUGUUGGCGAGUAACUAACCAGUUCAUUGUCUUAUCCUCUGUAUGGAUAAAGUGAAUUUAACUUUUGAAACAAAACCUGCCACAGAAGAUAAAUGAUAAAGCUGUUAAGUGGCAACCAUUUACAGAAGUUUCUAAGUCAAAAGACUGUAGGUGAUGUAGGCAUUGUACUGCUGUUAUAAAAGUGCAAACCAAUAUCUGUUUUCUGUGCCAACCACCAGAAUAUAUAUAUUAAGUUAAGUUGCAUCCAUUGUGUUGCCAUGCAUAGAUCUUAUACUUACACUAUGUUAACUCGGUCAACUGAUCACAAUCUUGAAGGACAAUAUGACGAUGUUUGCAAGGAUUAAAUUGACAUAUUGUGUUUUGGCUGUAUCGGGCUGAUUAUAUUGAGCAUUUAUCAAUAUUUUGAUGUCUUGUAAAUAAAUGCCUUGUGCACCUUGACUCAU